AUGUUAGAGAAGGUGGAAUUGAGAAAGACUGAGCAGAAGUAUGAGGAAAGCAUACGAGAGUUUGAAGAGAGGCUUGAAAAGACAACAGGUCAAGUUCAGUCAAAUCUUAUAAAGCAACAAGAUGAGAAUGAACACUUACAAGAGAUGAAUAAGCUUGCUGAGCGCACUGAACAGUUGAAUGAGGCUCAAAAGCAAUUGUUAUCACGAAAACCACGACCAAUUAGUCCGUUGGUGAGGGAAGAAAGACAUAUAACGCCAAGGACUGAGAGUCAACCAGCCUCACCUUCGAUCACGAAUAAACGGGCUAGCGGGUCGUAUUCUUCACUUUCGGACCUCCUUUCGGAUACAGAGCCAAAAUUGGCUUCUUCCCAAGAGCGUGAAAAAGAACAAGCAUUAAAGAUUCAACACCUUGCUGAACUUUUGAAUGAUAGUGAAGCCACAGGGAAACGACUCGAAGAACAGGAAAAAUUAUUAAAAGAAGAGAUUAGGAGAAUGGAUCGGAUGGAAAAAAGACAAGACAUGAGUAUUGAAUAUUUGAAGAAUGUUGUCUUGAAAUUUCUGGAGAGCAGUGCUGGAGAACGGGAGCAAAUGACUGCUGUGGCCAUUCAAUUAACGAUUCUCUAUUUCCAACGACGUUUGAUCAUAUCAUUUUUCACUUGUUUAGUAUCUGGUUCCGUGAUAUCUACAAUUCUUCAAUUAAGUCCUGAAGAAGCCAAAAGUCUUAAAGAGAAUGCUGUUGACAAUGGUCCUGGAAGUCCGGUUAUGUUGGGAUAUGGUGUUUUAUGA